AUGCUGCCGUUCCUACAGCCUACCCCUGCUUCUUGCUCCACGGUAUUUUCUCGGCCCAUCCAUCCACUUGAAGUAUUUCCUUCGCCCAGCUCUCAAUGUUCCCGGCGUCGGGACGUACACCCCUUUCCACUUGAUAGCCCUUUCUUUCAGCCAAAUCCGACACUUUUUCCGUCGACAAAUCUCCAUCCGUACAACUUUACUAGACUUGACUCCUCCACGGUGUAUCCGUCACCUAGGGGCUGGUCUGGAGAUCACAAGGCAAACACUGCCCAGCUCUAUGCCCCCUCUUGCUCCCCUCAACGAUCGAUUUCACCGAACACACCAGCCUUAGUUCGUGAAGGAUGUGUGGACGGCGUGGGGACGCAAAAUGUCAUUCUUUCCAACUGUUCUUCAAAGCCUGCUCAGCGUAAGAGGACAGUACAUGCGUGCUCGAAGUGUCGCGAACGUAAAUCCAAGUGCUCCGGCGAUCGCCCUGUCUGUCAGCGCUGUUCCCUUCGUGGAUUACUGUGCACAUACCGUGAGCACGACAGACCCCGUGCACGUGGCCCAAACAAGACUCGUCCUCGCGCUACAUCUUCCUCCGCCGAGCUCUGUAAGGACAGAAUUAUUAGCGAGGGCUCAGGCGAAUCCACAAAUCGUCCUGCUCGCGAAUACGGUACCUUUCCCCGCUCAAAGUCGCCCCACUUCAUACAUUCCGAUGUCCGGAACUACGCCUCUUCAGAUCUUUCUCAGGCAUCUUCUGUUGCUACCUCCGCGAUCGCAUCUGAAGCACAAUCUCCGCUCACGUCCUUGCCAGGGAGCAGGAGGCCGAGUCUAUCUUCCCAGAUGGCGAUGUUCAUCGAUGGUCAGUUAGAUGAGGGGCUUCGUACUCAUCCAUGUCGCCCCAAUUUUGUUCAUGCUCCAUCGGCAUUCGACGUUGACUUCGAUAAUAUUGACGGCCAUAUCAGCUAUUCAGACUCGUUGGCUGCCGCUUCGAGUUUUAGUUGUUCCUCAGCCUCAUCACACGAAGAUAGUGCUCCAGUCCCACGUAUCUAUGACCUUGAGACCGCUCUUGCUGCAAUGGCUGACGCUGCGUCGACGCCGAGCAAUUCGAGUACCUCCGAGACUCCGUCGCCUACAUACCACGAAUCCGCGGCUCCCUCACCUGAAAGCGUCAUGCUUUGUCUUCCCAUGCGAAUGGACCAGAUACAAGCCGAUCUCCCGACUUAUACGUACAUCGCGGACGAGAAUUCGGUUGACCUAUCUAUACCCCGCGUAUAUUCCACGGAUCAAAUAACCGACUCUCUACUGCCUAUCCACCAAACUGCUUGCAUGGAGUAUCCGUCCCUGUCCCAAUCCUCCUCUGGCUGUGGAGUAGCUCUCUCUAGCAUGCCACAGCCGUCGAACUUGAUGGCUCAGUGCGACGAGCAUAUCACUUCAUUUGACCAGCUUGCAACGUUCACGCAGAAUAUUUUAUAA